UUUCCAAUUUGGAACUUUGGGAAAGCAUAGAUGACACAGAGUCCCAGUUGUGCUUUCUCAGCAAUUAUUAAUGAGACCCCUUCUACCUUUUUCCAGUUCAGGUCAAUGCUCUUCUUGUGCCUAGAGACUUCUCAAAUCCCUAGACACAGAAAGUCCUCUCCUUUAUAUAGUUUUUGCUGUGUUCUUUUCAACCAUCUUCUCAACCUGAACGAUCAGUAACGAGAUAGGGCCUGUUUCUUCACACUGCUUAAUACCAUGCAGUUAUACCACCACCCGUAUUCAAUAGAUAGCCAAAGGGUGAGACUUGCUUUGGAAGAAAAAGGCAUUGAUUACACAUCAUUCCAUCUCAAUCCUGUAACCGGCAAGAAUAUGAAUGCCUCAUUCUUCAGAAUGAAUCCAAGUGCAACACUCCCGGUUUUCCAGAACGGUGACCACAAGAUUUACAAUACAAUUGAAAUUAUUCAGUAUGUAGAAAGAAUUGCAAGUGUCUCUACAGGCGCGGAGAACAUGACCUUCAGUGGCAGAGAAGUCACUGAAUGGAUGCACCGAAUACAACAAUGGAACCCCAAGUUUUUCACACUUGCCCACAUCCCGGACAAGUACUUUCGUUCUGUCUCCAAAUUCUUGAGGCGGGUGGUGAUGGCUCGAAUGGAGGAAUCUCCUGAUUUAGCAUGUGCUUAUCACAGAAAGUUGCAAGAAGUAUAUGACACAGAAGACAAGUUGAAAAACUCAAGUGUUUUGAUACAGGACAAAGAACAUCUAAUAAGACUCCUUGAUGAAGUUGAAAAACAGCUAAAUGAAACAACAUAUUUAGCAGGGGAAGAGUUUACAAUGGCAGAUGUCAUGCUCAUUCCGGUGCUAGCACGGUUGGUGCUCUUGAAUUUGGAGGACGAGUAUAUAGGUAGCCGGCCUAACACUGCUAAAUACUGGAUUAUGGUGCAGCAGAGGCCUAGUUAUAAGAAAGUGAUUGCGAGUCAUUUCAAUGGCUGGAGGAAGUAUAGAACUUUGUGGAAAACCUGGUGCUCUAUCCACAUCAGAAGCAUUCUAAGGAGAUUUUGAUAAAUUUUAUUUGAUAUUCUUCGUCCAUUAUCUGAUCAAGAUACAUUAGAUGAGGAAAGUGUGUAAAAUUGUAUGCAUUUCUUUUUUACAUGUUCAAAUUUUGAGAAAAAGGGCUAGAGGGGGUUGGGGAAAAUUGAAAUUGUGUAUCCGUGUGUCUUUAACUUUCCGAGCACUGCUAGUUUUUUCUUUGCAGGGAAACUCUCAUUGAACCACAAUAUACAGAUACUUACAUUUGA